AUCUCUUUGUUCCUUAUUGAACCUCCAAAAUGGGUUUAGAAUAUGUCAAGUUGGGUCUGGCCCUGGUUUCUGUGACCAUGGUUUUCUAUUUAACCGCGGCUCAGUCGGGUUGCACCAGCGUGCUCUUGGGUUUAGCCCCGUGUUUAAACUACAUUACGGGAAACUCGACAACCCCAGCAUCAAGUUGUUGCUCUCAGCUGUCUAGCGUGGUUCAAUCACAGCCUCAGUGUCUUUGCUCGGCGCUCAAUGGAGGGAGCUCGACAUUGGGUAUGACCAUUAACCAGACCAAAGCUCUGUCACUCCCUGGAGCUUGUAAUGUGCAAACACCGCCACUGAGCAGGUGUAACGGCGGCAAUGGUCCGGCAGCUGCCCCAGUGAGCUCUGCUGUAAGUCCAGCAGCUGAUAGUUCAGACGAGACACCGGACACGCCGGCUACAUCAUCGAUGCCGAGCAUUCCCUCAGGAACUGGAUCUAAAACAGUCCCUACAGAAGAAGGCAGCGAAUCAAAUGGAAGUGCCAUGGAAAUGCCGCUUGCUCUAACUCUCUUUACUUUGUUCGUUGCUUCAUACAUAUGAUUUUCGCCUUGUGUUAUGCGUUUUAUUUCGACAAGGAGCUUCUUUGCCUACUAAAUAGACAGUAGUAGCCAUUUGUUUUCCUUCUUUGUCAUGCGUGCUUGAAGGAAAUAUGA